AUGCCUGCUCUAGGACACAUCAAUGUUGAGGUAUGCGUCGACGGCAACCCGCUGAGAGAAUACUCCGACCCCGAACGUGAAGUCGAAGAUGACCACCACGUGACUCGAUAUGUCGAGGUCAAAGCAGGUCAGAAGUUCUCGGUGGAAGUAGUUCUUCUCCCAGGCUUCAAAUUCUUCACGGCGAGCGAUGUCCACAUCGAAUUCCGUAUUGACCAGAACAACGACGUGCGCUAUCACAAUUGCCCAUACGAGAGCGUCGAAGCCCACAGAGGCGAGCUUCGACAUCGUCAGGAGUUUUGGUUUCACUUACGCUCGGUCAGAGACGAAGUUACCGGACAAUGGGUCAGUGUCUGUCAUGAGUUCGGUCCCCUCGCUGUCGAUGGAGAUGCCCCACUUCCGGAAAACCUCACCCUUUCUGAUAUCGACCUACUAGGAUCUCUCCGUGUGUCAGUCUACAGAGCCAAGAGGAAGUGGCUAGUCGAACCAUAUGUAUGGGACGGGUAUCCCGCCAAGCCGCUUGACGAGAUUUCGGAAAGGGCUCUGAAGGGCAAAGCGAUCAAAAACAAUGUCAAGUAA